GCCACCAGCAAGCGUGCGCAGGAACCACCAAGCAAGCUUAAUGUUCUCCUUAAUGAUCUAUAACUUGACGUGCAAAUCACCUUCAGGUACUGACGAUAAGCGGUAAAAAUUAUAAGGUUAUGUUUGCGUCACGCAGACUGGAGAAGCAAAGCACUAGUGAAUUGUUUAUUUGACGAUACCUGGCAGUGACGAGCCGUAGAAUCGUCGGCCAUAUUGUACAGAGCCAGUGAGCCUCCCACCUGCUGAUAUCACGAUGAUGGCGGCGGUCAGUGUGGCGGUGCUCGGCUCCCUCCUCUCCUCCCUCGCGGGCGCCUCCUUUGUGGAUUCUGCUGCCGGAGGAGCACCCGUGGACUUCUCCGAUGCCUUCCUGCGGGAGAUGGUGGCCAAGAUGGGCAGCGGCAUGGCCGACCCCGCCAAGGACUACCUGGACGUGCCUUCCCAAGGCCUGCGAUCACUGGCAGAAGGCAUUUCCCCCAGAGCCAUGAAGGACAUGCCCGACAUAUCCCUUCCCCUGGAUUACGACGCCCUGGAACACAGCCCCUCCAUCCGGGACCAAGAGUAUCUGUCUCACUCCUCUUUGCUCGGCAGCAUCCUCGGUAACUAUGAAGAGAAACUGAAGCAACGACCAAACCAGAAUGGAGUGAAGGGCACCAGUGGAAGCAGCAGCGGCAGCACCUCCAGCACCAGCAGUGGUAGCAGCAGCAGCAGUGAGGGCGUCCUUCCUGCUUACUGCAACCCACCUAACCCCUGCCCCCUCGGCUACACAGCCAGCGACGGGUGCCUGGAGGACUUUGAGAACACAGCCGCCUUCUCCCGAGACUACCAGGCUGUGCAGGAUUGUAUGUGCGACACGGAGCACAUGUUCGAGUGCACAGAUUCCACGCAGGACUCCGAGAUCACAGCCCUGGCGCGAUCUAUACAGAACGAGGGUGUCCUGGACUCCACGCUGGACACCAUCAUGAACGACCUGACUGAUGAGAACCGUCGCCUAGUUGCCAAGAAAUUCCACCAAAAGAAGAGCGUUAACCCAUACCUGCUGGGGGAGAAGCUUCCCAUCGCCGCCAAGAAGGGAGGCGUGCUGUAAGGCCCACCACCCCCAGGCGGACAGGUACUAGACCUCACAGAGUCGACAAUGAUGUCACUGAACUAACACUUUGCCAGGUUCCUGCUUCAGUAACGCUCCCGCCUCUCAUCCUGACUUGGAGGUGCCGCACCCAGCCCCGCUCCCCGCGCCGCCCAGCACCCAGCAGGCCUCGGGUCACACUUUCUGUCACUACACACCUGGGCAAUAAGCAAGGGCCAAGUGUUCAGCCCUCCACGAUACCAUCUUCAUAUACUGUCAAGAUUACAAUUUGUAUGGGAGAAUGUAAUCAAGACGACGAUGGCGCAUUUUGGUAUAUGUACUACACUGCAUGCAUAUAAACACGCACGCACAUGCUGUUACUACUACUACUACUACUAUUACUACUACUACUACUAAUACUGCUACUACUACUACUACUACUAUUACUACUACUACUACUACUACUACUACUCCUACCACCACUACUAGUAUUACCUAUACUAUUUCCACACCUUCCAGUGUUGUCUAGUGAGGAGGUGUGAUAAGCACCGCCCACGAACACUGGUGAGGGCGGCGAGCGUUGCUGACAGGAGAGGGAUUACGGCGUUUCCCCACGCUGUGGUCCCCUACACAAUAACAGAAUAAAAUAUGAUAAAAAAAAAAUACUUAUAACUUUAAUAAGUAAAAAAAAAAAAAAAGUUUUCAAGGAGAUCUGGAUUUCCUUGGAAGAGGGCUGCGGCCACACAUCAGGGACAGUCGCGUCCCCCCACCACCCACCC